AUGAAAGGUCCAAAGGGUAAAAGAAAGCUCGCCCCAGAAAGAGAAAGAUUUCUCCAAUGCUGUGGUGAUAUCUCAGUGGAGUUGGUCUCAGAUCUCAAGGAAGGUAAAGAGAUAAAACUUAACGGUGUGAUCAUCAGAAAUGCAAAGAAGUAUCGCUUAAAGCAACAGCCACGUCUUACAGAUGUUAUCUCAUCGAUUCCAGACCAAUACAAGAAAUAUUUGCUUCCCAAAUUGAAGGCAAAACCUAUCCGUACUGCCUCUGGUGUCGCUGUGGUAGCAGUGAUGUGCAAACCUCACAGAUGUCCACAUAUUGCAUACACAGGAAAUAUUUGCGUUUACUGUCCGGGUGGACCAGACUCGGAUUUUGAAUACUCGACACAGUCAUAUACGGGAUACGAGCCUACUUCCAUGAGGGCAAUUCGUGCCAGAUAUGAUCCUUAUGAACAAGCAAGAGGAAGAAUAGAACAGCUUAGACAACUUGGACACCCUGUUGACAAGGUGGAAUACAUUAUCAUGGGAGGUACAUUCAUGUCUCUUCCUAAGGACUAUCGGGAGAACUUCAUCGUACAAUUACAUAACGCUCUUACGGGUUACAAUGGUACAGAUCUCGAUGAGGCCAUUAAAUUUUCACAGCAAUCACAAACCAAAUGUGUUGGUAUCACUAUCGAGACCCGACCUGACUACUGCACGCCUACGCAUUUGGAUGACAUGAUGAAGUAUGGAUGUACAAGAUUAGAAAUUGGAGUUCAGUCCUUGUAUGAGGAUGUUGCCAGAGAUACGAAUCGUGGACACACAGUAAAGUCAGUUUGUGAAACGUUCUGUUACGCUAAGGAUACAGGCUUUAAAGUUGUCUCGCAUAUGAUGCCAGACUUGCCAAAUGUUGGUAUGGAAAGGGAUCUCGAACAAUUUAAGGAAUAUUUUGAAAAUCCUGCCUUCCGGACUGAUGGAUUGAAAAUAUACCCAACUUUAGUGAUUCGUGGCACUGGUUUGUAUGAAUUGUGGAAGAAUGGACUCUACAAAUCAUACAAUGCUAACAUGCUUAUAGAUCUUGUGGCCCGUAUUUUGGCACUUGUUCCUCCAUGGACUCGUAUUUACCGUGUGCAAAGAGAUAUUCCAAUGCCCUUGGUUACCUCUGGUGUUGAAAAUGGUAAUUUGCGUGAAUUAGCAUUGGCCAGAAUGAAGGACUUUGGUACUGCCUGCAAAGACAUACGUACCAGAGAGGUUGGUAUUCGAGACAUUCAUUCUAAAGUUAAACCCGAUCAAGUGGAGCUCAUCAGGAGGGAUUACUAUGCAAAUGGUGGAUGGGAAACAUUCCUUUCUUACGAGGAUCCUAAGCAGGACAUUCUGAUAGGAAUGCUCAGACUCAGGAAAGCUUCUAAAAAGUAUACGUACAGAAAAGAAUUCAAAUCGCAGCCAACAUCGAUUGUGCGUGAAUUGCAUGUUUAUGGAUCAGUUGUUCCUCUUCAUUCGAGAGAUCCAAGAAAAUUCCAACACCAAGGAUUCGGUACCUUAUUGAUGGAGGAAGCCGAAAAGAUAGCCAGGGAGGAACAUGGUUCCAAAAAGAUAAGUGUCAUCUCCGGUGUCGGUGUCAGAAACUAUUAUAAACGGUUAGGAUACAAGCUAGAUGGUCCUUACAUGUCAAAGGCACUAUGA